AUGCUAUUCUUGAAAUUUUCUAUUUUCGGUGUAAAAGACGAUUCUAUUUGUUUGGCAACAAUUGUUGGCGUUCAUUCAGUUUGGAUUUGCUUGCGGCUCGACGGUGAAGAUGGCAGCAAUGAUUUUUGGCGAUUAUGUGAUGAUAUUUCAGUGAGACCUGUUGGGUUUGUGUUUAAUUUUUUUUAUAAAGAAUAUCCAUUCAUAAAAUUUCCAAAAAUCCUUUCUGAUGCGAUUUGUUUAAUAUCGCCAAUUUAUCGUCCUCAAAGCAAUAAAUUCCAAGUUGGUAUGAAAUGCGAAGCAAUUGAUCAUCGAAAUUUUAACGGCAGACCUUGUCCUGCCACCAUUGUGGAAGUUAACGGUGAUUUUAUUACUGUUAAUUAUGACGGAUGGAAUUCAUCCUAUGAUUCAAAGGAACGAUUUGAUAGCAGGCAUAUUUUCCCCGUUGGUUGGGCUGAAAAAUGUGGUAUCCCAUUACAACCACCUAAACAAAUACAUGGUUCGUUCCUUCACUAUUUGUUUUUUUAG